GCUGCAGUGCGUGCGCGUGAUGUAGAGGCUAACGCGACUUCUCGUAUCUGUGUAUGCGCGCGCGCAUAUGUGUAUGUAUUAUUGUUAUAUACCGUGUAUACACGUUCGGAGUCUGGCUAGAGAUUCGCCCGUGUGCAUCAGAUGCGCUUGUUCGUCGGUGUGCCUUUUGUAUACGGAGUGCGCGCGCGCGUGCAUGUGUGCUCUCCGCAAAGAAAACACAGCUUCGAAAAACAACCACGCUGCGAAAACGCUGCUUGUCCGUCUAUCUGUCUUCCCAGUGACACCGUCGCGUCUCGCGCGGCGUUAACAAACCCGGCCGCGAGUUGGGGAAGCGCAUCGUCGUCGGUCAAACGAGACAACGGAGAAGAGUCCGCGUCGCGGACUUACACACGAGUUUCGGACUCUGGAGUUGUUUCGGUGUUUCUGAGGCACACACGGUAAUCUCGGCGUCGGUAAUCGAUAUGACGACGAUAUUCGUGCGAUUCGCGUAAUCGCGCCCGGACGAUGGGUCACCGUUCUGCUCGACGAUCGUCGUCGUCGUCGUCGUCGCUCGCGAGCACCGCGAAUCGUGGCGAUUCAGUCGAGGUGAACGGUAGUGAAUGAGAGCUCUCUCCUCUUUUUGUUUUUUUUUCGGUGCGUGUGUGUGCGCGUGCAAUUCAAAAGAGACUCGCCAAUUAAGUGAGUGAAGAGCUUUGUUUUGUGGGAAAGAGAGAAGGACACACACGGCGUGGUGCGCGCGCGGAUAAUUAAAGUGUCGCGGAUAGAGAAAAAGUCGAGACUCCUUGUGCGACAAGUGACUUAGAUAAGUGAAGACAAGUUUGUCUUUAUUUUCGUUUAUAUACGUAUAUUAUAUACAUACACACACAUAUAUACAUAUACUAUAUACUCGUCGUGUGUUGCUUCACACCGUUUGCCCUCUUUCAUUGUUAUCACGUCGCAUCGUAGCGAGUCGAGCGUUCGAAUGUGGAGAGUGCCAUGAUGGUGAUACGAUUAUAAUUAUCAAUUUCCAGCUUGCCGCGUAUGCAAUUGCUCAGAUUCCGAACUACAACUACCGCGUGAAGAUCCUUAAGACUGCCCAUCCUUACCCUUUCAAGUACCAUGCGGAAGUAGUAGUCUAUAAAUCCCGAACGGAGGAUGCCGGUAACUAAACGCAUUCCAUAUCCUUCGCGAUCGGAUGGCGGUAGUAGUGAGAGCCCAUUGCUCGUAGAGGAAGGAGAGACGGUCGGAGCACCUCACAGUCCUCGCAACAUACACAGUCACACUCAUUCACAUGGCAAUCCACAUCGGUCCCACAGUUAUCAUCACGAGAAGCCCAAAGAAUUAGUAAAAUACGGCGAACUAGUUAUACUUGGGUACAAUGGUUACCUUCCACCUGGCGACAGAGGACGAAGAAGAAGUAAAUUUGUAUUGUACAAAAGACCCGUGCCAAAUGGGAUUAAACGUAGCAAGCAUUAUAUCGUUAAAACGCCUCAUAGUUCGCAAGCCAUUCUCAACACGAGGCAACAUUCCAUCUCGUACACACUCUCCAGAACACAGGCCAUCAUUGUCGAGUACACGGAGGAUGACAAAACGGACAUGUUUCAGAUCGGCCGUUCGUCCGAGUCACCUAUCGAUUUCGUAGUGAUGGACACUUAUGUGGGGAGCAGCGACAGCGGGCCCGCUAACGACGGACGUGCCAACGCCGCUCAGAGCACCAUUAGCAGAUUUGCCUGUCGGAUUUUGGCAGACAGAUCAGAUCCUAGAAUUGCUAGAAUUUACGCUGCGGGUUUCGACAGUUCAAGAAAUAUUUUUCUAGGAGAAAAGGCAACCAAAUGGCAAGAAAAUCGCGAGAUCGAUGGACUCACAACAAAUGGGGUGUUAAUAAUGCAUCCGCGGGGGCAGUUCUGCGGCGGCGAGGCGCAAUGCGGUUUCUGGCGAGAGGUCAGUGUGGGCGGAGGAGUCUUCUCGCUCAGAGAAAGUCGAAGCGCUCAUCAAAAGGGCAAUGUGGUGGAAGACGAGACCAACAUUUUACAGGACGGUACUCUCAUCGAUCUUUGCGGAGCCACUUUGCUUUGGCGAUCGGCUGAAGGUCUCGCUAAGUCUCCGACAAACCAAGACCUAGAGGAAUUGGUUGAUGCUAUAAAUGCCGGUAGACCGCAGUGUCCCGUAGGUUUGAAUACGUUGGUUAUACCGCGAAAAGCAGCUUCGGACUCGACGCAGCAGCAGCCAUACGUUUACCUGAAGUGCGGUCAUGUACAAGGACACCACGAUUGGGGUCAGGAAAAAGACAAAGUUACAAGGAAAUGUCCUAUGUGCUUAGUUACAGGAGCGGUAGUCAAACUCUCUAUGGGAAUAGAGCCUGCCUUUUAUGUAGACUGCGGACCGCCCACUUACGCAUUUAGUCCCUGUGGACAUAUGGCAACGGAAAAAACUGUUAAAUAUUGGGAAAAAAUAGCCAUACCACAUGGCACGACCGGUUACAUUGCGAUCUGUCCCUUUUGCGCAGUGCCCCUCGAAGGAUCGCCAGGAUAUGUAAAACUAAUUUUUCAAGAUAAUGUAGAUUGAAAAUAUAAAAUAAUGGAAACAUGUAGAAAUUAUAACUUCUUAAGAAAUAUAAGAAUUAUUAAAUAACAUGAAAAACA